AUGGGAAUGGGUGACCAAGGUCUUAAGCACUUGUCUCAAGCUUUGAAAAAGUUGAUUGAGGAGGCCAUAAAUAACGCUACUACCUCCCUUAAAGCCGAAAAAUCUAAGCUCUCUUGCCCCUUCAAAUACUCUGAUAAGGAGACUUACUGUCAGUACUACCAGAGACUGCAUGACGAGGCUGAGAAAAAAUUCAAAGAAUCCAAAAAAACCGUUGAAAAUAUCCCAGAUAAUCAUAGUAUUAACUUCUAUAAAACAUGUCUAGAAGAUUGUAAAAAUGCUCACAAAAAACAUCCUCCAUCUCCUGCCUUGAAGUCUGUUGAAGAGAAGAUUGUCCAGCUUGGUGAAUUGGCUGGUAAGCUUGGAGGAUUUGUUGGUCAAAGUGAGAGUGUUAAGAAAGCCGUUAUAUAUGCCAUUAUCGCUGUUUUUGACACUAAUCCGCACCUUAUAAAUGACCUAAAAGAUGUUUACUCUUCUCUUGUUACUACCCUUUCUGAGUCUGUCAACUCUGCUGAGAAGGCUGUUGACACCGAUAAAAUUAGUGAGCUUAAGCAGAAAGUUGAGAAAGAAAUUAAGACUCUUACAGAUCAAAUAGAGCAACUUGAAAAGCCUACUAACCAUCUUACUCCUUCUCCUUCUUCCCCCUCUCCCUCUGCUGACCCAGCCAAAUUGCAGUCCAAGUUGGAGGCUUUGAAGAAAGUGAAGGAGCUUUGUGAAAAUUAUAAGAAUCUUAAUAAUCAUCCAAAUGAGCCUAAAAACCUUUUAGAGAAUCUUUGUGACGGCCUACAGACUUUCCUCGGCUUCAACUCUGAGUCCAAAGGCUACGACGGCAGUGGGAUUGUGUACUCUGACUUGGAUAGGCUGUGUGACGGGGUGAUGGGAUUUUUGAGUGGUGUGCUUGAGGCGGUGAAAAACACUCAGACAUACAAUGUGGGUAGAAAAACAUUACAAAACUUGGUAAGUGAUGAAAUUAACAAACAUCUUUGCUCAGGGCACGAUGGUUUCACUAAGCUUCUUCCCCGUCUGACUAAAGGGAUCGAGAAAUACAACAUAGAAGUGAGAGAGUCCAAUGAGAAAGUCAAGAAGCCCAUUGAAGACUUGUUAAGUAAGGUGGGUGAUACAUUUACACGAAAGGUACAAAAUAUAUUGCCGCAGGAAAAUGAGGGUGAAGUUCCCGAGAAAGUGCAGGCGGCGGAGAAGCAAGUAAACGAAAUGUUGGACAGCGAGAUAAAUUUCUUCGCCAAAACGUUCAAUAAGACUUUCGAAUUUAGAGAUAAUAAAUUAGAUAAACUAGAUGUGAAAACUGCUGUACGCUACAUGAAUUCUGCCUUAGAACCCAGAUUGACCAGUGCGUUGAAGGCCGUGAACUAUGAGAUUAAGCGUCUCCAGAAGCUGUCGGCGAUGGACAGACAAGCGCUGGAUGAGACAAAAAAGCAAAUUAGUGCUGCAUUAGGUAAGUUGAAAAUUGAUGUAGAUUGCAAAAUUGAGGAGCAUGUUAAGGUAUUUGUUGUCAAGGUUAGGCAGAGAGUUGAGAGCAUAUUUGCAGAUCUCAAGGACAUUGAUAAAAAACUGAGACAGUAUGUUCUGGAUGUAGCAGAGUGGAUUGCGAAGACAAAAGAAUUUAUUGAGGGAUUAAGGAAAAACGAGGUGAAGAAAAUCUUGAAUGAAGCCGGCGGCGAUUUUACCAGCAGGAAGCAUAAUAUUGAGGAUGAGAGGAAAAAGUUGUUGGCCUGGAAAGAUAAGUUAGAGACAUAUAUACCUCAACUUAAGGAAUUUACUGAACAGGUUGAUGUAAAGAUUAAGGCACUUGCUGGGGAAUUCAAGGAUAUCAGCAGAGAAGCAGAUAAGAAUGUUAAGGGCAUUUUUGAAGACAUGCAAAAGAAAGUCGUAAGCAUUAAAAGUGGCGUUUUGGGAGACAGGGAAGGUGCAGGUAUAAAUGGAUAUUGGGAGACAUUGAAACCGCAGAUACCGGAGCUCGUUGAAAAAGUUAUUGGUAAAGAAGAUGGUGCACUGGGAGGUUCGACGAAUGGCCUCCUCGAUGAAAUUGAUGACGGAAUCGGGAAAUAUUCUGGGAAAUUUAAAGAUGAGUUUGAAACUGCGAUAGAUAAGAUGGUCACCGAAAUUGUGAAUGAAAAGACGGUAGGCAUGUAUCUAACUCAGUACGCAAGUGCUGACGCAUCUAGUGUAAAGCCAACGAUCAUCAAACAAUUGCAAGACGUGGUAAAAUCGGCUGUCUCAACCGCUACAGAAAAGCUGCAAAAUGCUACGGCGGAAAAUAUUGCCGAUAGGUUUCAAGCGUUUGCCAGUAGUAUUGAAGAAGUACUCAAGCAUACUAAGGUUUCAGAGGCCGCUCAACAAAUUACUGCUGAAGUGAACAAAACGCAUACACAUCGCCGCUCACCUUAUGAUCAGAACCUACAAAGAGUGGUUAGCAUCGUACUCACAGCGGUACAAUUGGCUGUGAAAGGUGCAGCCGAUUCACUUUCAAAAUUUACCACUAGUUCCAACAUCAAAAAAGUGAAUGAAGCUAUACCUGAAGUGCGCUCCAUAAAAACGCAAUUCGAUGCAGCUCAAGCUGGUGUGGAUAUGCUUAUGGGAAGUCUAAAGAAACAAAUCACCAAUCUUGAUACUUAUCUCACCGCGGCGACUGGCAGAACCAGUGGCGGUGGACAGAAUCACGCCCACAACUUGGACAGUGCCAUCGAGAAAGUAAGAGACACCGCUUCCGAACUGGCCGCCAACACAAUACCAGUCAAGCUGAAUGAUAUUGCUCAGCAAAUAGAAGCACACCUAAAUGUUCUUACUCACGAAAUAACGGAGGCCGCCAACGUUCUGAACUAUAAAUUAGAAACGCUUAUAGAUACGAAAAUCGGUAAACCAAAAAUUAACAAGUCAGCUGACGCAGAAACGCUGCAGUCCAUCUAUGAUAACCUUGACAAGCUGCAAGGUCCUGUAGCUAAGGCGUUUAAAGAAGCUCAACAAUUACUGACAUUUGUCCAAGCAGCAGAGUCGCAAUUACCCGAAGUUCUCAAAAGAGAAAUGCACCAGGACAUCAAGAAAGUCGAAGACAAAUUAAUGACCCUCGCUGGAAAACAAUAUGUCUCCUCGGUCAAGGAGUUGCUGACGGCGUUCGCGGGCAAGGUAAAAACGGAGUUGGAUCAAAUGCCUGGAAAAAUCGAAGAUGACUUGAAUAUGGGUUUCAAAGGUUUCAUGAACAAAUUAGGUAUCAAGUUUGUUAGCAAUGUGAACGCUAUUACUACAAUUCAAACGACGUCCUCUGCUCUACCAUCUCCACUAAAUCAAGCCUCCCUAGAACUCAAAAACGCUUUUGAUGCAUUUGUCCACGCGCUUUUAGAGCAAAUAGAUUUCAAGUCUGACAUUAAGAAAAUCAAGCCCGUGCACGACGCCUUGGACAACUUGCUUAGUGGCCUUGUAACUUCGCAGUGCUACGACCAUACAUUUAGCGAUAAUUUGAACGCGUUUAGACAUGCUUUCGAAGGAUUCAACCCAUCCAAAUUCGGUGAGCCUACGACUGUGCUCACUCAGGCACUCAAAGAGGGACUCAAGGGGCUGACCAAAGAGCUAGGUAAAGCCUAUGUUAAUCGGUACUCCGGACUGACGUACGACGAGACCGACGCAGCAAAAUAUGCCAAAGCGUUCUUGACGCUCCUUUGCAUCGUACACGAGGAUCUCGAUACAUUUAGUAAGCAGUGUAAGAGCAACGGCGCUUGGUAUGACAAGCAAUGCUGUGCGAUUGAGAAUCGCCAAAGCAAUACAUUUGGGCAGUUCAUGGAGCGGUGUGGAUUUGACGUUGCCAGCAGUGCGACUUCGAAGGACGGUGAAUUAAGGCAUCCGUCCGUCAGCUUUACCGGUAAACACAUCUACCAGAAAGUACUUGAGCAGCAAUUCACCGACGCCGAGCGGAUUAAACAUCUCCAAAGUUGUGAGUCAAAUGAACACAAGAAACGUAAUAACUUCGAUCUGCUUGAUAUUACUCAGUGUCUGUUCCACCAUGCAGAGAAGUACAACGAGCUGUGUCACAUACCCACUGCGUCAUCAACCAAAGUACCAAGCAGCAUAUACGAUAUGCUCAUAUGGUUUUGUAGUCUACCUUACAGUGCCGUCUAUCCAACGCUGCUACGUGACACCAUAAGUGAUCUUCUUACUGACAAAUCUAAGCAAAAGCCACAGGCGCACGAGGGUCUUGAGUUCACAGUCAUAGAUCCGGCGUCGCAAUCCCUAGCAGCCUACCCAAACAACAUACCAUACAGUGAAGUGGUCUCCGCACUCGAACAUCUUUGUUCCAAAUCCCACGAUGUUCUCACCUGCAUCGUAGGCUACGGCGACGCAUACACCACCUACGGCAGCGACUAUUGCAAUAAUUCAUUUGGAUUUAAGUAUCCCUCUUCAGGGGAGGAUUGUUUGCAGAUGAUCACUGAUCUCCUUCGUCGGCUUCUCCAUUGCCUUCGGUAUCUGCAUAAACAGUGCGGCGUAACAGCCAAGCUCAACGGUUGGUCCGACUGCAGAUUCGGCAAGAACGUUAAGUCAGCCAAAUGGGAGUGCAAAGAUCACUCAACCGACAAACCUAAUUGCCAAGCAAACGACAAGGCAACGUGCCAACCAACUUGCCAAGCAAAAUCGCCGCUUCAGUCCUACCUAACCGAUUGCUUAUAUGGUCACUUGCCUCAUCAACUCACCAGUGUUGGAUGUAAAUCAACAUGCAAGUCGUGUCCUGGUAGCUCUCCCGGGAUGCCGUGUUUAACGCCACUUGGGUUCAGCGCUUUUUCCGGCUCCACUCGCAAGGGUACGGAUAUAUGCGAGGUGCUCGAUGCAUUCUUCUCUAACGAUUAUUUGUCAUCGCUGUUCACGCUAGCUCCGCGACCGCCGGCAACGCUACCGGAGCAUAUCGGAUUUGCGUUGUCACUUGCAGCGGCGCUUAAUGCUGGACAGCCGGUCAGGAAGCCCGCUCAAGAAUCGUUCAGCGAUGCAUUCGAGAAGUCCAUCAAGGGAGUCACCAUCAGCCUUCAUGAUAAUCCCUCAAAUUAUACUGCCGCCGUUAAGAAUGCCUAUAAUAAUAACCGAAGUCACGAAGGUCAUAGCCAUCCACCAGCGACGGAGGCGGACGUGUACACGCUCAUGUUCCCAUCAACUUGUCUGCGUGCAAGCGGUGACACGCUGUACUGCGCUCCAUACCUGUAUACGCUAGGCAUAGAUACGCAUCAUUAUCUUGCCUACCAACAUUCAAAUCUCUAUCUGUCAUGGACGGUGUACCUGCCUUGGACAUUUUAUGCAUACCUUAAAAGUCUACUUGACGCCUUCAAAAAUGUUUCCUGCCAGGAAUGGGAGUGCAGCAGAUGUAUGCAUCGCGGAAAAUGCAAGAAGGGCCAACAUGGUGCGGACUACAACUGCCAGUGCAGAGGAAUAAUAGAGUGCCGUGGAGUAAGUAGCGCAUUCCACAAAUACGGAUUCACAUUCGGCGACCCUGCAACUUUGUCUGAGGUGGAAGGGAAACGAUAUUGCCACAACUUCUACAACCAACUCGUUAACGUCUUAAAAUCGAAUUGCUUCACUAAGUUAUUUGAUAAAUGCGACGAAUUCCUCUGGAUCAUCAGACAACCCUUCAUCUGGCUCAACGUCGCACUCUGGUCACUAUCGCUCUUCUACCUCAUCUGCGUAAUGGUUGGCAGACUGGAUGUGCUCCACAUACGCUCACACCUGAGGAUACCGUCGUCGCACAAGAUAACGGCGCAAUCAUUGUUGGCUGCAGCGCAAGUCGGAAGGCUUGCCAAGAUAUCGUAUCUACAGCCGUGA